AUGGAGCUUGAAGAGGCUGCAAUUCUGAUGUCCACAUGCAUUACUAGAACUUUGCCUGCUGCAUUGACUCUUGAGGAAGGUUUGAACAAGAUUGAGGAGGCUAUUCAAUUCUUGAUGGCUAAGCCGCCUUCCUCUUCUAGUGGGAUGUUCAGGUUCCAGCUUAAGGUUGCUGUUCCUCCAAGUGCAAAGGCUUUGAACUGGUUUUGCAGCCAACCAGAGUCAGAUGGGGUGUUUCCUCAAUUUUAUCUUUCAAAAGAGAAGGAGAAUCCAACAUAUAAAUCACUUGCUCUGGGAAGAACUCGUGGGGUAUUCGGAAUAGGUUCAGCACUAUCUUUUAAUGCCCGGUACACGAAUGGUUCAGAAAAUGGCGAUGCAACAAGUGAAGGUUUAGCUGCAGUGCAGCCGCAAACUGGAAUGUGCACAGAAACUGUUGCAUGGGACUUUCUUCAAUUUAAGAUUCACCUUAACCCUCAUGAAUGUGUGGAUUUGAUAAAAGCUUUUCUUUCAUAUUCCUGCAGAUAUCUAUCUGUUGAACUUGCAUUUCCAAGAGUAUAUGGCUUUCUGGAUACUAAUGUUGACAAGAUAUUGGCCUCCAUUGAGCACGAGACUGGUUCAUUCUACCUCUUCAUCCCACAGAUUGAGUUGGAUGAGUUUGAGGAUACCUCUAUCUUGGCUGCAACCCUUGCAUGGAACGAUUCCUCCUUAUGUACAUUUUAUGAAGCCAUUCAAACGUAUGAAUUAUCUCUUUUCCAGGCGAGAAUUAAUUUUUUGUCAACCACACAAGAAUGCAGCCGAAAUUGCAACUCUUCCACUGUACAGAAGUUCAACAUAAUGGAGGAUAAAAGUAUCCAAAUGGUACGUCUAAGUGCUGUUCGAUUAAGAGGAAAUUUUCUUCAGUCUGGCUCGGAGGAACUGGCUUCUGAUUUAUUCUGUCAGUUCUCUGCGAGGUUCUCUCCUACACUGGCUGUUGCCAAUAACAUGUAUCAGAUUGAUCGUUUUAAUCUUACAAGCUACUACGAAAAUGAUUGCCCCAACAUUAAUACCUUAUGGGCUUCACUUAUUAUUGAAGAAUGUGUUCGACUUGGUGUAACGUAUUUUUGCAUAGCUCCGGGAUCGCGAUCAUCUCCACUUACACUUGCUGCUUCUGCUCAUCCACUUACUACUUGUGUCGUGUGCAUAGACGAGCGCUCACUUGCCUUUAAUGCUCUUGGUUAUGCUAGAGGUUCUCAUAGACCAGCAGUAGUUAUAACAACAUCAGGCACGGCUGUUUCAAAUCUUCUCUCUGCUGUGGUGGAGGCCAGUGAAGAUUUUGUACCACUUAUAUUACUCACUGCUGACCGUCCCCCAGAGCUACUAGAUGCUGGAGCGAACCAAGCAAUUAACCAGGUCAAUCAUUUUGGACAGUUCACGAAGCAUUUUUUUGGUCUUCCAGUGCCCACUGAUGAUAUCUCUUCUAGAAUGGUCCUCACUACACUUGACUCUGCUGUUUACAUGGCUACCACUUCACCCUAUGGUCCUGUCCAUAUCAAUUGUCCUUUCAGAGAACCAUUAGGGAACAUUCAGACGACAUGGGAGAGUAGAGGUUUAAAGGGAUUAGAAAAUUGGAUGUCAACUUCAGAACCAUUUACAACCUAUUCCCAGGUUCAGCAUUCUGUUUCAUCUAAUCAGUGUCAUGGACUUAUGGCUGAAUUGGUCAAGCUAAUUCAAGGAGCGAAGCAAGGGCUUUUAGUGCUUGGUGCUCUUCAUACAGAGGAUGACAUAUGGGCAGCUCUUCUCCUUGCUAAACACCUGAAUUGGCCAGUUGUUGCUGGCAUCUUGUCAGGGUUACGCUUAAGAAAAUAUAUGGCUUCCUUUUCAGAAAUUGAAGAAAACAUUAUAUUCCUAGAUCACCUAGAUCAAAUGCUUCUCUCAGGUGCAGUCAAUGACUGGAUGCAAGCUGAUGUGAUAAUUCAGAUUGGUGGUCGGUUAGUUAGCAAACGCAUUUCAAAGAUGCUUGAAGGUUGCUUUCCUUGCUCCUAUAUAAUGGUUGACAAGCAUCCAAAACGUCAUGAUCCUUCUCACAUUGUAACUCCAGGAUCCAGAGUAGCCAUCACGGAGUUCACUGUUUGUGUAAACAAAAGCUGUUGUACUUCCAAACAUGAUAACAACAGAUGGAAGAGCAUUCUAACGAGCUCUCAACUAAAUGAGCCACUGAUGCUCUUGCACCAACAUGUUAUGAAUUGGAGAAGGUGUAAGAACACUGGGCCUUUUGGAGUCAAAAGGCAGGCUGCCCGAGAAAUCUCGUCUCUGAUUGAUUUAGAACAGUCUUUGACUGAACCUUAUAUUGCACAUGUAGCAUUGGAAAAUCUUCGAUGUAACUCUGCUAUAUUUAUCGGAAACAGCAUGGCAAUACGCGAUGCAGACAUGUAUGGGUAUAACUGGGCAAAAUGUACCCAUGAAACUUCAGAGAUGCUGAGCUCAGGAUUCCAAUGUCACCGUAUUCAGGUUGCUGGGAAUAGAGGAACUGGUGGCAUAGACGGGCUGCUUAGCACGGCUGUUGGAUUUGGUGUUGGCUGCAACAAACAUGUUCUUUGUCUAAUUGGAGAUGUUUCUUUUCUGUAUGACACAAAUGGACUGUCACUACUGAGACAAAGGGUAUUGCGGAAGCCAGUGAUUGUAAUUGUAAUAAACAAUCAGGGUGGUGCAAUUUUCAGUCUCCUGCCAUAUGCAAAGCUGACAGAUCACAAAAUUCUAGAUCAAUUUUUCUACACAUCUCAUGAUGUUGCUAUUGGGGAUCUAUGCAUGGCACAUGGCAUGAAGCAUGCACAAGUUCAGACAAAGAAGGAAUUGGGUGAAGCUUUAUUAACAGCCCAGCAAGAAAACUGUGACUACGUCAUAGAAGUAAAGAGCUGCAUUGACAACACAGCGACCUUUCACAGUCAUUUGGGGGCAUCCAUUUCUCAGGCCAUUGAUCAUUCUUUAGGUGUGCUCUCAAAGCUUUCACAAUCAGAAACAACCUUACAUGGAAGUUCAAGUAUUAGAAUCUCUAAAAUGGAGUAUUCUCUGUACAGGAUUCCAUUAAGAGCUCCACCAACUUCAUCUUCUGGCAAUAAUAACUCUUCCAUAUUCUACAGAGAAGGAUUUGUCAUAAGCUUGUGCCUUGAGGGUGGAGGUACUGGGUUUGGGGAGGUGGCACCCCUUGAAAUACACAGAGAAAACCUGCUGGAAGUUGAAGAGCAACUUCGCUUUCUUAUUCAUGUUAUAGAAGGAAGAGAAAGUACUUAUUUUCUUUCACUACUCAAUGGGUCUAUAUCAUCUUGGAUAUGGAAUUGCUUGGGAAUAUCGCCAGAUUCCCUAUUUCCAAGUGUGAGAUGCGGCUUGGAGAUGGCUAUACUCAAUGCUAUUGCAGCCAGCAAAUCUUCCAGUUUAAUAGACAUAUUCCAUCCAAGGACAGGAGAAUUACAUACAAAGGGGACAGCUGUGAAGAUAUGUGGCCUCAUUGAUUCCAUUGGAGGUCCCACAGAUAUGGCUUCUGCUGCAUCUGCCCUUGUUGAAGAGGGUUUUGCUGCUAUAAAAAUAAAGGUGGCACGUAGGAGCAACCCCAUCGAGGAUGCCAUGGUUAUACAAGAGGUUAGAAGAAAAGUGGGGAAUCAUGUUGAAAUCCGUGUUGAUGCCAACAGAGGUUGGACAUUUUCUGAAGCAGCAGAGUUUGCUAAUUUGGUGAAAAACUGCAACCUACAGUAUAUUGAGGAACCUGUUAAGGAUGAAGAUGAUAUUGUCAAAUUUUGUGAAGAAACUAACUUACCUGUGGCUCUUGAUGAGACCGUGAACAAUACAAGAGCAAAUCCCCUGGAGGUCAUAAACAAUUACACGCACUCUGGAAUUGUUGCGGUGGUUAUUAAACCAAGCAUGCUUGGGGGUUUUGAGAAUGCAGCAUUGGUUGCUCAAUGGGCUCAGAAGCAAGGGAAGAUGGCGAUUGUUAGUGCUACAUUUGAGAGUGGCUUGGGACUGUCAGCCUAUACUCAGUUCUCAAGUUAUCUCAAUCUGCAAAAUGCUGAAAUACGUAGGUUGAUGAAAAAGGAACGAUCACUAUGCUUAGCUCAUGGUCUGGGGACCUACAAAUGGCUUAAAGAAGAUUUGAGUGUAAAGCCUGCAGAGGUCCAUUUCAAUUCAAACAAUGGAUUUGUAGGGGCCUCUGUUGUUGAUACUGCUCAAUUCCUGCAGAGGUUUCAAGUCAACCAAAAUGUCAUUGUUCGAACUUUUGAUGAAGAACAAGUUCGUAACUACCAGCUACCUGUUGAUUUUGAGGGUGUCUCCUAUUCCAUCAAUGUGCUAGAGACGGGAAAAAGAGUUGGAGACUAUGUAUUCGUCUUUCUUCAUGGCUUUCUUGGAAGGGGUGAAGAUUGGAUACCCAUCAUGAAAGCCUUCUCAAGAUCAGUAAGAUGCAUAGCAAUUGACCUUCCAGGUCAUGCCAGAUCUGACGUGAAAUAUCAGGCUGAUAAUGGUUCCAUGAAGCGGCACAGUUUGUCAGUUGAUGCUAUUGCUGGAAUGUUAUGCAAGUUUAUUACUAAUGUGACCUCUGAAAAGGUUAUUCUUGUUGGGUACUCAAUGGGAGCAAGGAUCGCCUUACACAUGGCUUUAAAAUAUGAUGAUAAGAUUGAUGGAGCUGUUAUAAUCUCCGGAAGCCCUGGAUUGACAGAUCCUGGGGCAAGGAAGUUCCGUCGAGCAAAAGAUGAUUUCAGAGCCAGCUCCCUUGUUUCUCACGGCCUAGAGCACUUUUUAGGUGCCUGGUAUGUUGAGGAGAUAUGGAAUAGCUUAAGGAGCCAUCCACAUUUCAGUGAAAUAGUCACUGAUCGCUUGCAGCAUGAUGAUUUGCACACCCUUGCUAAAGUACUGUCUGAUUCAAGUAUUGGGAGACAACAACCAUUGUGGGAAGACCUGAAGCAGUGCAACCUACCACUUCUACUCAUUGUUGGAGAGGAUGAUGCCAAGUUUAAACAAAUUGCCAAAAGGAUGCUCCAUAAAAUCAGCCAUAGCACCAGGAUGAAGGCUACUCCAGCAAUAGUCGAAGUUCCAAAAUCUGGCCACGCUGCACAUCUUGAGAAUCCUCUUCAUGUAAUAUAUUCUUUAAGGCAGUUCUUGAACAGAGUCAAAACCUUGAGUUCACUUCAAACGCAAAAUGCAGUGGUAGAUAGUCAUCGUGACAUUCCCCGUCAGGUUUCAAAGACAAUGUAAAAACACGAUAACUUGGUUCAAUUCUUGGCUUCAUCUUCCGAAACCCCAUCUACACAAGUCUGUGGUCAAUGUAGAUCCUACAAGUCAUGGAAUGCAAGAUUACUCUCUGCAGAUGUUCAACGCUCUCAAAUGUAUGUAGUGAAAUCCCCGGUGUAACAUAAUAAUUGCUGCCCCAUAGUCUGCUUCUGUUUCAUUACCUGAAAUACAAUAUUCAGCUCGCAGCCA